AUGUUCGGGGACCAGACAGAGAAGUGCCGCGAGGUCGCCAUGGCCAUGUCGUCGCAGUACGUCGACCUGGUCCCAGUCGCGGACCUCGAGAACGUGCUGCCGCUCCUGCUGGCCGCCGUACGUGGCCGGCUGUGGACGAUCCCCUUUCCAGAGCAGUGCGAGGAGCUGCGCCUGGAGGCCCUGAAGCUGCUGAAUCACCUCUUCGACGUCUGCGAGGGGAGGCUGAACCCUUUCGCCAGCGACGUCCUCGACGUCCUCUCGAAGGCUCUCACGGACUCGUGCCCGGACACGAAGAAGGAGUGCUGCGAGAUCACGAAGAAGCUGAGCACGCACUUCGACGCUGAGCGCGUGAGCCGCGCUGGCGGGCCGCUUGUGGGCGCGCUGCUGGCCAACCUCAAGCACCAACAGUGGAAGGUCCGACGGGCUACGCUUGAUAGCCUUGGAGCCUUGCUGUCCCUUGAGGCUCCCAUGCUGGAUCACAUGGAAGAUGUCCUCCCGCAUCUCAACGCGCUUCUCAAUGACCGCACAGCGGCGGUUCGACAGUGCCUCGGCGAGGUGGUCGAAAGAUGGCUGCUGAAGGGUCUCAGGUUCAAGGAGCCCCUGGUAGCGACUUUUGGCGACGAUGACGGGCCCGUGGGUUUCGACAAAUUUGAGCCGAGGCUGUUACUUUUGCUGCUGAAUGUUGCUGCUGAUGAGGAUACCAGUCAAGUGGCACCCGUAGCCCUGGGGGCCAUUGAGAAGGUAGCCGUGGUCAAGCAGGAGGUGCGGCAGAAGCGCUAUGAGGCUUCGAAGGUGAAGGCAGAAAAGGCAGCAGAGGCGCGUGCCCAGCUCGCAGCUGCGAAGGGUGAGGAUCCGCCUCCGCUACCUGCUGAGGCGCCAGGCGUCCUGCCACAGCCGGAGUUGGCUCCAGAGUUUGACUACACUCCGAUGCUCAGCCUCAUACCAGAGCCCUUCGCCUCAGGACGCACUCCCUCGCAGCUCACGACAACGUACGUGCAGAUACACCUCCGCUCGAUCAUGCCCCAGGUCCUAGGCAACAUCACCCAGUGGACCAGCGACCUCCGCACUGCCUCCGCAAGGCUUCUGCGGGUCAUCCUGGUGAUAGCCAACAAGCAGGUGGCCCCCUUCCUGGACCAGGUCCUGGUCCACCUGUACAAGGCCUCCGCCGACACCGAGACCAGCGUGUCCCGAGCCGCCCUGCAGUGUGCCGAGAUGGCGGGCGCGUUCGUGGAGGUGGGCCUGGUGCUCGCCCUGGUGGCGAAGCACCUCGGCCUCCGGGCCGGGGGCGGCGCCGAGGGCGGGCAGGGCCGGGGCCAGGGCGUGGAGGAGCUGUGGCCCGAGGCCCGCACCGGGCGCCAGGUCACGCGCACCGUGCAGGACGCGGGGGUGAGCGUGAAGAACUUCACUGCGACCACUGUCGAGAACAAGCGGCAGGUCUUCGCCGUCCUGGCCUACCUCCUGCGGCCGCUGGCGCCGCCCGCCGCCGCGGAGGGCGGCGAGCCCCGGGGCGUCCUGCGGCCGGCCGACGUGCGGACCACGGCCUCCUUCCUGGAGGAGGGCGGCCAGAGCGACGAGCUGCUGCCCUGGGUGCUCGGGGCGCUGAGGGCCCUGCUCGGCGCGGGCGGGCCGGAGUGCGGCGCGCUGUGGCCGAGGCUGUUCGACCUCCUCCUGCGCAUGCGGUCCGGCGAGGAGUGCGACGCGGCGGCGGUGGACGCGACUAUGGACCAGCUUGCCUCGCUCUGCGGCAGGUCGCGGAGCCAGCUGUACGAGGAGCACCUGCGCUCGAAGCUGGAGGAGCUGCUGCGCGGGGCCGAGACCGAGUUGUGGGAGGAGCGCGAGCCGAAGCGGCACGUGCUCGAGACGCUGCUGCGAAACGCGGGCUCCGCGGUGGCGCCGCACGUCGCGGGCCUGAUCCCCGUGCUCGCGCGCCAGUCCUCGCCGGAGGACGCCAGCGCUGCGGCCCGCAUAGACCUCCUCGGUCUGGUGCACUUCCUGAUCUGCUCGGAGGACGCCGCCGUGGCGGGCGCGCUCCGCGGCGCCGCCCCCGCGGUGCUGAGCGAGGUGCUCAUUCCGAACUGCGCCUGGAGGGCCGGGCAGUCCAACAACAAGAUCCGGAAGGGCGGCAUGGUGUGCAUACACCAGCUGUUCCAGAGCUGCCUGGACGACUCCUUCUCACCGGACAACCGGAGCAUCGCCUGCCACGUGCUCUCCGCGACGAUGGUGGAGCUGCAGGCGGAGAUCAGCAGCGACCAGCUGCGCGAGAUCUACCCCGAGCUGCUGAAGCGUCUGGACGACUCUCAGGACGCCAUCCGGAUCACAGUGUGCGAGGCACUGUCGAUGUUCUUCAAGUGCCUCCAGCCGAACUGGAGCCGGACGCUGUACGAGUACAUCAUCCGCACCCUUUUCGUGCACCUGGACGACCCAAACCCCCAGAUCCAGCAAGGCGUGUACGCCGUGCUGACGUCGGCGGCCCACCAGGACCACGCGACGUUCGCGCGGGAGGCGCAGGUCGCGGCCGGCAAGAGCUCCCACCCGCGCCUGUGCGAGGAGCUCGGGCGCCUCGCGGACAGCCUGCAGCAGGCCGCGGCCGACGAGCUGUGAGCGGGCGCGGGGCCGCGGCCGCCGCCCGCCCGGGGGGCGGCGCGGGUCAAGGGCCACGUCAGGGGGGGACAGGCUCAAGGCGUCGGGUCUUUUUCGCGGCCCGUUGGUGUUUUGUGCGGCCCGG